AUGGAGGAAAAUGAAAAGAAUGGCAAAUGGGGAAUUUGUGCGGGAUACGAGAUGAGUGAAAAUGUUAAAAGCUCGGGCGCAAGCAACAGCGCUGCUAAUGGAAAGUAUCCUGCCUGCUGGAGCCAGCAGCUUCCAAGAGAUGAAAGCUCGGAACCGGAGCUCUUCUUAGGAAUGAACUCGGGGAUUAAUUUCAACAAUUAUGAUGAAAUUCCCGUUGAAGCAACUGGUGAAAAUGUGCCACAACCUGCGACUUUGUUCUCUGAGCUGAAGUUGCACCAAUGGGUCAAUGAAAAUAUCAAAUUGUCGGGUUAUGGGCGUUCGACACCCGUGCAGAAGUACAGCAUUCCGGCAUUAAUGGAUAAUCGAGACCUGAUGUCUUGCGCGCAAACUGGAUCCGGGAAGACUGCUGCCUUUCUAGUUCCAUUGAUCAACCACAUUCUUCAGAACGGACCUGAAGCAUUUCCCUGUGCUCUUGUCCUUUCGCCAACUCGUGAAUUGUCACUUCAAAUCUAUAAUGAGUGCAGAAAGUUUGGCUAUCGUACACCCAUAACUUUGGCAAUUCUCUACGGUGGUCGCGAAAAUUAUCAACAACAAAUCAGCAAACUUCGGCUUGGUUGCCACAUUCUUAUUGCCACUCCUGGACGUCUUAUUGAUGUGAUGGAACAAGGAUAUGUUGGACUUACUGGUUGUCGCUAUUUGGUGAUUGAUGAAGCUGAUCGUAUGCUAGACAUGGGCUUUGAGCCUCAAAUUCGGCAAGUUGUCGAACUCUCAACUAUGCCAGAGAAGAGGUAUCGAGUGACUGCUAUGUUUUCUGCUAUGUUCCCGAAGGAAAUUCAGAUUCUGGCUCAAGAUUUUUGGUGCCCAAUUACGUAUUCUUGGCUGUCGGACGCGUGGGCUCAACGUCAGCGAACAUCAUACAGAAGGCAACGAGGCAUUGACCUUAUCAAGCUGAUGAUUGAAGCUAAUCAAGGGUUCCUUUCGACGAUUUCGAAAGAUGCUAGUCGCUAUGGACAAGGAAAUUCGCGUGGACGUGGAAGCCGAGGUGGAUCACGCAAUAUGCGCAUCGCGAUUAUCGGAUUCAAAAUUCCGGAAGCCACUAUGAGCCUUCACCAGCUGAGUCUUCAAGGAACGGCUUCCGCCCAAAACCCACCCAGAACAAAGAUUGAAGAAAAUGGAAUUGAGCUGGGGUGUACACGUGCGCUCAUAUUGUUGAUGGGAGCUAAAGGCGACCUUGGCGGUCAAUUCGCCGAUAGAGAAGAGGCUAGUAAUUCGCCACCACCAAAACUUUACGUCGACACCUCUCACACCUCAACUUUGAAUUUCAUUGCUUUUUAUUGGUUUCGGGCUCUUCGCCAAUUGAUCGACUUUAUUUACACAGGUCAACUCACAAUAAAUUCAACCCUUCUAACAACAGCCUUGAUGUUGCAACUAAAUUCGGUUAAAGAUGCUUGUGCAAAGUAUGGACUAAAGCGUCUGCUCGCAAUUAUAUUUACAAGAAUUUUUGCGCUGGAUUUUGAACGAUUCUGCAGUUUAAUCUCGGAUGAUCGUCUAGUUUGUGGUGAAGGCGGUGAAGAAGAGGUUUAUCGAACGGCCAUCAGAUGGAUCCAAGCAGCGCCAGAAGAACGCGAACAAUAUACACCAAAGUUGUUGUCGCAAGUGAGACUUGGCCUCUGCUCCGCAGACUUUCCAGCGGAGACAGUUUUCAAUGAGCCAGCUAUUAAAAAUCAGCAAGAGUGCAAGGGUAUUCUUCUGGAGGCAAGUAAAGUACAUCUACGCCGAGGGCGAUUUUCCCCAUCUGCCUCAUCACUUCGUGAGCGGUUUGUCCGACCCCGACAACAAAUUGGAUCGAACAAGAUUGUGAUAGUCGUCGGAGGUCAGGCACCAAAGACAAUUCAUAAUGUUGACGCCUAUGAUCCAACUACAAUGCCUAUGGACUUCUUUGAGCCCUCUAUCGCAAAGACGUUGUCGAUGUGGUGUUGCCCUAAUCGAUCGUCAUAUCUAUGCUGUUGGUGGUUU